UUAAAUAUCCGCUAGUGCGAAAUUAGUUUCGUAAAAUCUGCUGAACUUAUUUUUUCCGUGUAACGAACAGUUAAAGAACGCAAUUGAAGAUGUUGAGAAUAAAACUUUUUCUUUAAAUGUUGCAAGUAAAACUUAUAAUAUACCAAAGAGCACUCUCUCGAAGAAAUUAGUUGAAAAGGAAAUUUCUAAAGGUAAAAUGGGCCCUUCUCCAAUUCUUUUAAGUCAUGAAGAAGAACGCAUUAAAAAUUGGAUUUUAAUGAAAGCAAAACUAGGUUUUCCAAUGCACCCGGAACAGGUUAUGGACGCAGUACAGAGUAUUUUAAAAGAAACUGUCAGGAAAAAUCCCUUUAAAGAUGACAGACCUGGAAAAAAGUGGUUUUCAUUAUUUCUUAAUAGAAAUCCAGAAAUUGUUUUGAAGAAUGCGGAAGUCAUUUCUAAGGGACGAGCUUCGGUAACGGAAGAAAUAAUUCGACAAUGGUUUUUAGAGUUAAAAGACUACUUAAAAAGUGAAAAUGUUUUAGAUAUUUUAGACGAUCCAACUCGAAUAUUUAAUUUAGAUGAGAUUGGAAUGCAAACCUGCCCGAAAAGUGGAAAACUUCUAGGAGAAAGAGGCAAAAAAAACCACUAUAUAAUAUCUCCAGGUCAGGAAAAGCAACAAUUGACAGUGUUGUGCUGUUAUUCUGCAAAUGGAGAAUAUGUAAAUCCGAUGAUAGUUUAUCCUUACCAAAGACUCCCCAGUCACAUCAUGGAUACUAUGCCUGAUAAUUGUGCUGCUGGUCGAAGUCCUACAGGUUGGAUGAUAAGUGCUACUUUCUACGAGUUUAUUGCAGACAUUUUCUAUAAAAAAAUUAUGGAACGACAAAUUCAGUUCCCUAUUUUAAUUGUUUUGGACGGUCAUAAAUCUCAUUUAAGCCUAGAAUUGCAUGAAUUUUGUGUAAAGCAUCAAAUUAUUUUAGUUUGUUUACCACCAAAUGCUACCCACAUUCUGCAACCUUGUGAUGUUGGUAUAUUUCGUCCUCUGAAGCUCGAAUGGAAAAAGGUGGUAUUGAAACUCCAACAAGAUUCCACAAAAUCAAUUACAAAAAGUAAUUUUGCUCCACUAUUUAAUGAAGCUUUCUUGAAAGCUACCAAAGUUGAAACGAUUAAAAAAUCUUUUGAAGUAUGUGGCUUAUACCCGUUCAAUGCUGAUAAAGUUGAUUAUUCGAAAUGUAUUUCAACAAGACGUAAAGAAAUAAAUCAGUCUGCUACUUCUGGUAUUGAAUUAUUAGAAGAUGAUUUAAGUUUUCAAGAACAAAUAUUAUCUAGAAUAGAACUUCAAGUACCACCAGACAUGCUGGAAAUUUUUCUCAAUGCAUAUCAUGAAAAUACGGAGCCCCCAACGGAAAAAAUUCUUUUUUCAAUAUGGAAGAAUCUAAUGGACGAUUCUGUAAAUAUAAACAAUCACAAAAAUCUCAAUGAAAUCCCUGUGAACGAAAUAGAAAUUCAAAAUCAAAUAAAUCCACUAAUUGAAAGUGAACAAAUUGCCAGCAACAGUGACAAUUUGUCUAGUAAAAACUCUGAUUCAUUAGUUGAUCUCAAUAUGAAUAAUCUUGAUUCUCCAUCUGUUUGUUUACAAGAUUUAAGACUCCCAGAGAAAUCUACAAUCGAACAAUUAUCUAAUCAAUCAAACUUAAAUGAAUGCGUCGAAGCAAGUAUUCCUGUGAUAGAUCUUUGUGCAACCAGUGAUGAAUUGAACAAAAGGAAUCCAUUAGCUGAUAUAACAAAUAAAAAUACCGUAGAAGAUGGCGCGGUAUCUAAUUCUAAACUUGACAAAGUCAUUGUAAAUCGAGAAGAAAUUGAUUUGAUUUGGAAAACGCAUUUACAUUUUCCGCGCAUCGAGAACAGUAAUAAUAAUAAACGUAAAAAAGAAUCUCCUACUGUAUUUGCAAUUACGUCAAAACAGUGGAGAGAGAAAGAAGAUGAAAAAAUAAGAAUUAUUCAAGAGGAAAAAUUACUCAAAGAACAGAAGAAGGAAGAACGUUUGGCCAAAAAGCUGUUAAAAGAACAAGAGCAAAAGGAAAAAAAGAAAUUAAGAGAAGAAAAUAGAUUGAAGAGAAAACUCGAAUUAAUUGAAAAAAAUAAAUCUAAAAAAAAGAAAAAUUAAAAAAGGAAAAUAUGGUCAAAUUUGCUUUAUAGAUAGACAAAUAUUACAUUGUUUUCUACUUGACUUUCUUACUAAACUUUCCAAAAAAAAUUUUUUUACUUAAAAAC